AUGUCGUUGCCCUUCGUCACCACCACCACGUCGCCGGAACGCUUCCUCGCCGGAUCUACUCUCCACCGCGUGUCGUCCCCGUCCCCCUCCUCGACAACCGCUGCCCUGACCCUAGGGCCCGCGGUGAGGCUCCGGCCUUAUCUCCUCCCUCUCCCCCAUCGACGAUCGCAGAUGCCGCCGCCCACUGCUCCACCGACACCCGCAGCCACGGCGCCCGUUCCGUCCAUCUCCGCCGCCUGCCGCUCGCUCAUUGGCGACGACCUGCGCCCCGCCUCACGUCCACGCGGCACGACCGCGACGCACCAGGCCUCACCCGCUGCAGCCCCUCUCCGGCACCCCGCAGCCGCCUGCACGCCGCCGCGUCGAUCGCUACCCAGCGACGCGCCCGUCAUGUACAUCGCCGCCGUUUCCCCCUGCUGCCCCUUGCCCGACGCACCUCCCCGCAACCGCUUCUCCACCGGCCACGGCCAGCGUGCCGCCCCUCCUCCCCUCGCCCCGCUUCAAUCCCUCAGCUCCGCCCCGCCUCUGCAAUCACAUCGCCACCCGCCGGCCGAACCCCGCUCCGGCAAUGUCCUCGCCGUGGCCACCGACCUCCCCUCCUCCGGCACCCUGCCGGGUCCGCCGCACCUGGGAGUGCACCCGCUCGGGCAGCCUCGCCCGCGCCCGCAUAGGUAUAUUUCUUAG